AUGAUCGGAUUGGUAUGCUGUAAGAUUACUCCACAGCAGACCCGAAACCUCAUCCGCAACAUAAUGGGAGGUGAUUCUGCUGAAGUCCGACUGAAGGACAUGUUGCAUGCGCUGCGUCAGUUGGAUGACAGCGACGUCCUCGUGAUGCAAGACCAAAUCGGUAUGACAACAGGUAUUAUUUUACAGACAAAGGUGCAGAAGCUCAUGUUCGAGCGUUGGGGCGAGACUUUAGCGAUGGACUUUACCCACGGAACAAAUAAUCUGGGUUAUCAUCUGGGGAGUUUGGUCGUCACCACAGCUACAGGUCGAGGAUUCCCGGUUGUCGAUUUCAUUUGUCUCAACGAACAGGCCUUGACGAUUACCAAAGUUUUGGAGUAUUUCAAGGACAAAAACCCAGGGUGGAAUCAAGUUCAAUCCGUGGUAAUUGACAAGGAUUUCGUGGAGUGGGGCGUGUUAAAGGUUGCUUUUCCAGGAGCCAAGAUUCUGCUGUGUCAGUUCCACGCUAUCACCUAUUGGAAGAAGGUGAUGAAGCGACCAGUGUAUCGACUAAGAGUUUCGCAAUGUGAGGAACUACUGGUGCGGAUGUCAAAACUCCUUUACAGCAACUCUUGUGCUAGAUACAACUUCCACUACGAUGCACUGCGUCAGUAUUGCAAGGACGAAAAGCGCGAGGCAUUUUUUGCCUAUUUCGAUAAAAACUGGGAUUCCUGUCGUGACAUGUGGGCCAACUUUGCUAGAGGGAAAGUUUUUACUGCUGGCAACACUACAACGAAUAGAAUUGAGUCAAACUGGAACCAAGUCAAAAUGCUGUUGGGACACAAAACAAGAAUCGACAAGACAAUUGCUGGACUGCUCCAGCAUCAAAUGACUAUUACGCAGAAGAUUGCUUUCACGAUUGGGCUUCAACACUCAUCUUCACGCAUACCCAAGACGGUGCCGAAGUUCUUGCGAUCAGUGGCGACUAGGCUGUCUGCUGAUACAUUUGCGACGGUGAAGAAAGAGUGGGAGCGCUUCGUCAACCUGAUGGCUGGUGCUACAACCAAAAGGGUACCAGGAAGUAUUUCUUUCUGGAAAAUUGACAGUGGGAAUGAGCAAUUUGUGUGCGACGCUAGAGAAUGGACUUGUACCUGCCUAUUCUUCACGAGUCAUCAUCUACCGUGUCGCCACAUUAUGCAAUUGGCAGAAUGUGGACUAGGGUUCAAGGUUUUACCAGUCGUUUCGAUCGAUGCCCGGUGGAGUUUGUCGGUAGCUCUGGAUGUGAAAGGCGAUCUUACGGCGGCAGCUGACUUACUAAAACCCAUCGUGCAGAUGUCGAAAUUAAGGUCGUCCAAGGUAAAGUUGCCGGAACAGGAUAAGGUUGCUGAAAGAAGUGGAAAUUCUGGGGCUCCUAGAGCUGAUGCUAAGACGCCCAAAGAGGUUGCUUACGUUCGACUUUACAGGAAGGAGCGUGCCAACCAGGUGGUUCCAUCCUCUUCGGAAAAGUAUUCAUACGCAAAAGCAAUGCUAGAACCUCUUCUGGAGCACCUAUCCUGUCUAUCCAGCGCUGCCUUUUAUCAAGAGCUCUCCGCUUGGAAGGACGCGGUACAGAUUGGACUCAACCACGCUGAAUCAAACUGCGGAAGAAGAGAUCACAACACAGACGACGGCGAUCAAGACGGUCUCUCCUCUCUUGAUCCACUAGACGCCAUGGAUACAGUGAAAUUAAUGGAGGAGCUGGAAGACUACAUGCCCGUCACGGAUGGUUGCACCGAUAGCGGAGGUACAUCUGAGCUCGACGAGAAAAUUUCAACUUCGGAGCCUGGUGAAGCUAUAUCACAUACACCUAAACCACCAAGCCGCGCAGUGGAUAUCAUAAACCUCCCGCAACCAAAACGCCGCGGCAAUUCCAGGGUGACGACGAAACAGCUUCGACAAACUACUUUAACUUCUGGACAACCCCGUUUAGCUGUUCACAAGUAUCCGAGUGGAUUGACAGUGACACUAGAUCAUUUCGUUCGCUGGGCAAGGAACACGCCAAAUUUGAAAUUCGUCAUGGAGACGCUAGCCAAGUACCCAGUCCAGCUUGAAGACCCAUACCUGAGAGCACGUACCAUUGAGUGUCGGUGGGAAGCCAAGCGGCCAACGGAUUAUAUGCACGCGUUCGCACUUCCAGUAGAUCUCAGUCGGUCUCUCCAAGCAGCAGUCACGACAGCAUGGAAAGACCAGAACGCGCCUGAUCCACUGACCGAUACCGUGAAGAAACAUGGGGUCAGGCUCGAUAUUGUCGCUACUAUCGAUCCAAAACUCUGGGAGUUUAGCAGACAUCAAGAUCUGGCCAACGAAGUGAUUGGAAAGUUUGCGUCAAGUCGAUUGCUUACGGAAAUUCGGACGCUAACUGGAACUGGAUCGACCACUUUCGAAAAUAUCCUGGGUGGCCUAUGUCGGGGAUGGCUGAACGACACUCAUAUAGACUUCUGCCUGCGAGCAAUUGGAGGUGCUGUAGGCGGUUGCUACGUGAUCUCGUCGCUGAUGUGGGAUUUUGGGUGGCCAUCUACACCUAAAAUACCUAUUGGACAAGUCAACUUUGUCCUCCACGCAGUGCACCUGGACGACAACCAUUGGGGUGUUGUUAUUAUCCACUUGCAAACGACUAAUACGAGUGUACGAGUACAUGUACACAUGUACGAGCCUCUAAUUAGUGAAUGUUACCACAAGAGCAUGGAGAAGGUAUGGGAGGGCAUACCUAAAGACGAUCAUGACUCUGCAACCGAAGGAAAAGAAGGCCUUCGCGGAUACCUCGACAGGUGGCUCACCGUUUCGAAGCCGAAUUCGGAGAUUGUGAUUGAAAACGUUGAGUGGGUAUUAUCGCCGCGGCAGCCUGAUGGGUCUAGUUGUGGUGUGUUAGUUGUAGCGCAGUGCUACAACUACGUUACCGGUAACAUUACAGAACAGACCUACGACGUCUCCAAGAACGAUGUCAAAGUAAUGCGCCUUCGCAUUCUGUGGACAAUCCUGCAUAUGUCCAAGGAGAUACCUAUCUCCGACACUGACGCUGCAACUACGACUGAAACUCUACAAAAGCUACAAAAAGAACUCGGGUAA